AUGAGGCCGAGUGUUGACGCGGCAGUGUUGGAGAGAGAGCCGGGUGCCGGCUCCUGGUGCGUGUGGAACGUUUCAGAGAGGAGCCGGGGACGUUCAGAGAGGAGCCGGGGACGUUCAGAGACGAGCCGGGGGACGUUCAGAGAGGAGCCGGGGACGUUCAGAGGGGAGCCGGGGACGUUCAGAGAGGAGCCGGGGACGUUCAGAGAGGAGCCGGGAACGUUCAGAGAGGAGCCGGGGACGUUCAGAGAGGAGCCGGGGACGUUCAGAGAGGAGCCGGGGACGUUCAGAGAGGAGCCGGGGACGUUGAGAGAGGAGCCGGGGACGUUCAGAGAGGAGCCGGGGACGUUCAGAGAGGAGCCGGGGACGUUCAGAGAGGAGCCGGGGACGUUCAGAGGAGCCGGGGACGUUCAGAGACGAGCCGGGACGUUCAGAGACGAGCCGGGGACGUUCAGAGAGGAGCCGGGGACGUUCAGAGAGGAGCCGGGGACAGAGGAGCCGGGGACGUUCAGAGAGGAGCCGGGGACGUUGAGAGAGGAGCCGGGGACGUUCAGAGAGGAGCCGGGGACGUUCAGAGAGGAGCCGGGGACGUUCAGAGACGAGCCGGGGACGUUCAGAGAGGAGCCGGGGACGUUCAGAGGGGAGCCGGGGACGUUCAGAGAGGAGCCGGGGACGUUCAGAGAGGAGCCGGGAACGUUCAGAGAGGAGCCGGGGACGUUCAGAGAGGAGCCGGGGACGUUCAGAGAGGAGCCGGGGACGUUCAGAGAGGAGCCGGGGACGUUGAGAGAGGAGCCGGGGACGUUCAGAGAGGAGCCGGGGACGUUCAGAGAGGAGCCGGGGACGUUCAGAGACGAGCCGGGGACGUUCAGAGACGAGCCGGGGACGUUCAGAGAGGAGCCGGGGACGUUCAGAGAGGAGCCGGGGACGUUCAGAGAGGAGCCGGGGACGUUCAGAGAGGAGCCGGGGACGUUCAGAGAGGAGCCGGGGACGUUCAGAGAGGAGCCGGGGACGUUGAGAGAGGAGCCGGGGACGUUCAGAGAGGAGCCGGGGACGUUCAGAGAGGAGCCGGGGACGUUCAGAGACGAGCCGGGGACGUUCAGAGACGAGCCGGGGACGUUCAGAGAGGAGCCGGGGACGUUCAGAGAGGAGCCGGGAACGUUCAGAGAGGAGCCGGGGACGUUCAGAGAGGAGCCGGGGACGUUCAGAGAGGAGCCGGGGACGUUCAGAGACGAGCCGGGGACGUUCAGAGACGAGCCGGGGACGUUCAGAGAGGAGCCGGGGACGUUCAGAGAGGAGCCGGGGACGUUCAGAGACGAGCCGGGGACGUUCAGAGAGGAGCCGGGGACGUUCAGAGAGGAGCCGGGGACGUUCAGAGAGGAGCCGGGGACGUUGAGAGAGGAGCCGGGGACGUUCAGAGAGGAGCCGGGGACGUUCAGAGAGGAGCCGGGCCGAUUGCGAUUCCGUACCCCACUUCGUCAUUAACCCCGGACGAGGUGAGUGGAGCCUCCCGCUGGGAUUACGUGCCGGAAAACCACGAGAUCCUUUAUACUUCACCCCGGGAAAACAAUAACACGAAAACGCUCGAUACACACACAGCACAAAUCUCCUGCACGCACGCACAAGACGAGACGUCGCCACUCCGAGGAUGGAUUUCCGUCACUGCUAAAGCCGCUUAACACACAGAGAUAUCGUGCUUUCCGUGUUAAAGCAGCGCGGAGGCAGUGAUCGUGUGGUGUGUGUGUGAUGUGCGUGAUGUGUGUGUGUGUGGGG